AUGGGAAGCGACCUCAAAGUCCAGAAUCCGGACCACUUUGCUCCUCCCUCCGAGGAUGAGGAGAAUCUCAACCUCGUGUCCGAUUGGACACUCGAGGAGGAGAAAGCCGCCAAACGAAAGUUGGACUUUAUUAUUAUGCCACUGCUUUUCCUCGGAUUCUUUUGCUUGCAACUUGACCGAGGCAACAUCGCCAACGCUCUUACCGAUAACUUCUUCAAGGAUGUCGGAAUCACCCAGAAUCAGUUUAACGUCGGCCAACAGAUGCUCUCCCUGGGUAUCGUGCUCACCGAGAUUCCCUCCAACAUGAUCCUUUACAGAGUUGGCCCCGGAAAGUGGCUCACACUCCAACUUUUCCUUUUCGGAACUGUUUCCACUUUCCAGGCUUUCCAGAACAGCUAUGGCUCUUUCAUUGCUUCCCGUUUCCUCCUCGGUAUCACCGAGUCAGGUUUCAUUCCCGGCGGUCUCUGGACCCUCUCCACUUGGUACACCAGGAGCGAAACCGCUAAGCGUGUCAUGUUUUUCUACUUCGGUAACCAAUUCGGACAAGCUUCCUCCAAGCUUCUCGCCUACGGUAUCCUCCACAUGCGAGGUGUCGGUGGCAAGCCAGGUUGGUUUUGGCUGUUCGCUCUCAUGGGUCUCUUCACUAUUGCCAGCGGUUUCGUCCUCGGUUUCUUGCUCCCCGAUUCCUUCAAGAACCCAUGCAGUGCCUUCCUCCCUAAAAGAUCUCUCUUCACCGAGAGGGAAUUGCAUAUCCUCAGGACCCGUGUCCGUAUUGAUGACCCAAUGAAGGGAAAGAAGAAGAAGCACAUCGACUGGGGUGCAUUCAAGCGCGCCUUCACCAACUGGAGAAUCUGGAUCCACGUUUUCAUCUCUCUUUGCAACAACGGUCCUCAACGUGGUUUCGAUACCUACUCUCCAUCUAUUGUCACUAGCUUCGGUUUCCCCGCUCUCACCAGUAACGCCCUCGCAUCCGUUGGUUUCUACCUCCAGAUCCCAACUUCCUUUGCCUUCAGCUGGGUUUCCGAUCAUUUCAACAAGCGUGGUGAAACUGUUAUUGCUGGCUUGAGCUGUCACUUGCUCGGUUACAUCUUCAACAGAGUCUUCACUGAACUCAGCAGCCGUAACGUCCGAUACUUCGGUGUCGUCUGGACACAAUGUUUCGGUACCUUCUCCCAUCCUCUCAACAUCGCUUGGUUGUCCCUCGCCUGUCCCGACUCUGAAGUUAGAGCUCUUGCUAUGGCUAUGAUUAUCAUGGGUGCCAACAUCGCCGGUAUCUAUGGCGCACAAAUCUUCAGAUCGGACGACAAACCAAAGUACCGCCGUGGUUUCGCUACCGGCGCUGCUAUUCUUGCCGUCGCCAUUAUACUUGCCUCUAUUAGAUACGUCGACGACAUCAUCCGCCGCCGCAAGGCUGGAAACCAGCCAAUCAGCGGUACCGGUAGCGAAGAUGGUGAUAACGAAAAGGCUCUGCCACCAGCAGAAGACCAGAUCGCACCUGUCGAGAUUGGUCUCGACUCUAAGGUUCCCGUUGCUUCAAAGGUUUAG